AUGAUGUUUCCCAGAGGAUGUUUGAUUCUGCUGGCCUGCUCCUGGGCUCUCCUGCAGAGUGUCCUGGCUGUCCCGGAUGUGGCGCUAGAGCAGCCCGGCAUCGAGGAUCGUCGUCGAGAAGAGCGUGACUUUGGCUUGCAGGGGCGCCACAACCAUCCUGACCUUGAGAGCUCGCUGCUUUCUGUCUUGACCGAGGAGUUGGCUACAACGCAUGCUCCACCACCUCAGACCACCCCGGGAGGAGAUGGCGGUACCACAGUCCCUGGCGGCGGAGGUGGUACUGUCCCCGGAGGAGGUGGUGGUACUACAGUCCCUGGAGGUGGUGGUACUACAGUCCCUGGCGGUGGAGGUGGUACAGUCCCUGGCGGCGGUGGUGGUACUGUCCCCGGAGGAGGUGGUGGUACUACAGUCCCUGGAGGUGGUGGUGGUACUACAGUCCCUGGCGGUGGAGGUGGUACUGUCCCUGGCGGUGGAGGUGGUACUGUCCCCGGAGGAGGUGGUGGUACUACAGUCCCUGGCGGCGGAGGCGGCACUUCACCCACUGGUGGUGGUACAACUGCUACCCCAACUGGCGGCAAUGUUAGUUCUUCCCCAAGCGGGCCAUCACCCAGCGGCCCCGCUUCCUCCCCCAGCGGAACCCCCCAGCCUUCGCCCCCUGAAGUAGUCACUACAACUACUAACACUGCCCAGCCUCCUCCCUCUACUAGUGAGCAUCCAGGCACUAGCCCCACAUCCCCCCCUGGCGGUGGUAGUGUACCCCCUUCCCCGUCUCCCAGCGUUACCACUGGAGGACCGCCGGUCUGUCCUCCUCCUUCCACAUCUAAGGAAACCACCGUCGUCCCGGUGACGGUUACUUGCCCUGCCGUAGUUGUGAGCACUGCCACUACUACCGUCACUGUCACAUCUGGCUCGGGACUAGGCCUGGCAACAGAGUGCUGUCCUUGCCCCACUGGAGGUGGUGGAGGCCCAGGUGGAGGAGCUGCGGGAGGAGGUGCCGGUGGAGCUGGCGGUGGUGCUGGCGGAGGCCCAGGUGGAGGAGGUGCUGGAGGUGGUGGCGGAGGUGGCGGAGUCUCCCCAAGUGGUACUGCGACAGCCCCAGGGACCACCUCUGGCACUGGCGUAGUAUCCCCAAGUGGCACCGCGACAAUCCCAGGGACUACCCCUGUCACUGGCGCAGUAUCUCCAAGUGGUAGCAGCGUGACAGCCUCAUCCACCAGAACCCAAACCAAUACCUUGACCCAAACCCUGACUCAGACGCGAACAUCGACGCCCCUUAUACCGAGCAGCACUAGACAGCGUACUAUCACCACAGGAUCGCCCACAACACCAGCUACCCUCGUGACUUUGCCUACAUCAACACCUCCACAUGUAUCCCCCUCAACCCCGGGCUCGCGUAUCACUCCACGAGCAAUUAUUAACCCCGAUGUUGUUCGCCGACAGCUAUUUAGCAACACGACAGCGACAGCCCAUUUCACCAACUCGACUGUUAUCUCGAAUGCCACAACCAGUGCAGUGAACCUCACCCAUAUUGUGACUGAGACUGCCACCGAGCCUGCGCCUGCUUUCCUGCCGCGCUUUCAUCGUGGACGCAAUCGUGUUUAG